AUGGCCUCUGCACCACAAUCAGACCACGAGAAGCGCAAACAGAUUAGCAUUCGUGGAAUAGCACCUGUGGAGAAUGUUGUCGAAUUCAAGAAGGCAUUUAAUCGCCAUUUGCACUACACAAUCGUGAAAGAUAGAAAUGUGGCCACACCACGCGACUACUACCUUUCGCUGGCACACACUGUCAGGGAUUAUUUGGUUGGACGUUGGAUCCGCACCCAGCAACAUUACUAUGAGAAGGACCCUAAGAGGGUGUACUACCUGUCCCUGGAGUUUUACAUGGGAAGGACCCUAUCUAACACCAUGGUGAAUCUGGGCAUUCAGAGUGCCUGUGAUGAGGCCCUCUAUCAGAUUGGCCUUGACAUUGAGGAGUUGGAGGAGAUAGAAGAGGAUGCUGGUCUAGGAAAUGGUGGACUUGGCCGUCUGGCCGCAUGCUUUUUGGACUCCAUGGCCACUUUGGGUCUGGCAGCUUAUGGUUAUGGUAUCAGAUAUGACUACGGAAUUUUUGCUCAGAGGAUUGAAAAUGGUUGGCAGGUGGAGGAGCCUGAUGAGUGGCUAAGAUACGGAAAUCCUUGGGAGAAGUCCAGGCCUGAGUAUGUUUUACCAAUCAACUUCUACGGCCGAACUGAAAAUACUGACUCAGGGGUCAAGUGGGUGGACACACAGGUUGUGUUUGCUAUGCCCUACGACACCCCUAUACCUGGCUAUGGCAAUAAUACUGUCAAUACCAUGCGCCUGUGGUCAGCAAAGGCCCCUAACAGCUUUCAUCUCCAUUUCUUUAACAAUGGUGAAUACAUUAAUGCUGUGUGUGAUAGAAACCGGGCCGAAAAUAUCUCUAAAGUGCUCUACCCUAAUGACAAUUUCUUUGUGGGAAAAGAGCUUCGACUGAAGCAGGAAUACUUCCUCGUGGCAGCCACCCUACAGGACAUCAUACGCCGCUACAAGUCUUCCAAGUUUGGUAGCCGCGAUCCUGUCCGCAGGACCUUCGAGUCCUUCCCUGAUAAGGAGAAUGAGACAAAUCAUUGUCUGUUGGGAUUUGCUGAGAAGGUAGCCAUUCAGCUGAAUGACACCCACCCCUCUAUGGCUAUCCCUGAGCUGAUGAGGAUCUUUGUGGACAUUGAGGGUUUGCCAUGGGACAAGGCCUGGGACAUCACUGUUAAAACCUUUGCCUACACGAACCACACUGUCCUCCCCGAGGCACUGGAGAGGUGGCCAGUAGCCAUGUUAGAGCAGCUCCUCCCCCGACAUCUACAGAUCAUGUACUACAUCAACUAUAACUUCCUACAGGAAGUAGCCAAAAAAUACCCAGGAGAUGAGGGAAAGUUGCGGCGCAUGUCAAUUGUAGAGGAGGAUGGAGAGAAGAAGAUUAACAUGGCGUAUCUAAGUAUCAUCGGCUCCCACGCUGUCAACGGAGUGGCUGCCUUACACUCAGAAAUCAUCAAAAGCGAUACGUUCAAGGAGUUUUAUGAGAUGUUCCCAGAACGCUUCCAAAACAAGACCAAUGGGAUCACUCCCCGACGCUGGCUGUUGUUAUGUAACCCUGGGUUGUCCGACGUCAUUGCCGAGAAAAUCGGAGAGGAAUGGGUUACUGAUCUGUACAAACUGCAGAAUCUCAAGAAAUUUGCUGAUGAUGAAAAUUUCCUUAGAAACAUCAUCAAAGUCAAACAGGAGAACAAGAUGAAGUUGGCUGAGUACAUCCAGGAAAACCACAAUGUCAAGGUCAACACAUCCUCCAUCUUUGACAUCCAGGUCAAGAGGAUCCACGAGUACAAGAGACAGCUGCUGAACUGCUUCCACAUCAUUACGCUGUACAACCGCCUCAAGAGGGACCCCAACCAGCCUUUUGUCCCAAGGACUAUCAUGAUAGGAGGAAAGGCAGCUCCUGGCUAUCAUAUUGCGAAACUCAUCAUCAAGCUGAUCAACAGUGUAGCUAGGGUGGUCAACAACGACCCAAUCAUUGGGGAUCGUCUCAAAGUAGUUUUCCUGGAGAACUACCGUGUGUCUCUAGCGGAGAAGAUCAUACCAGCUGCUGACCUUAGCGAGCAGAUCUCCACCGCCGGAACAGAGGCCUCUGGGACAGGAAACAUGAAGUUCAUGUUGAAUGGGGCCCUGACGAUCGGUACACUGGACGGUGCUAAUGUUGAAAUGAGGGAGGAAAUGGGGGAUGAAAACAUUUUCAUUUUUGGAAUGAAAGUUGAAGAAGUAGAAGAAUUAAAGAGAAGUGGGUACCACCCCCAGGACUACUAUGAAGGAAACAAAGACUUGAAGCAGGUGCUUGAUCAAAUCAAGGGAGGGUUCUUCUCCCCCGAGGAACCGGGACUGUUCACUGAUAUUUAUAAUUCCCUAGUGUACAAUGACAGAUUCUGUCUUCUGAAGGAUUAUGAAGAUUACAUUAGAUGCCAGGACAGAGUCAGUGAAGUAUUCAAGAAUCCUCUAGAAUGGGCAAAGAUGUGUGUCCUAAACAUAGCCUCCUCAGGAAAAUUCUCCAGCGACCGAACAAUCUCCGAGUACGCCCGAGACAUAUGGGGGGUGGAGCCUAACGAUAUAAAGUUACCUCCCCCUCAUGAGGGCCUCGACUCAGUGGACAGCAAACCCCCACAGAAGAAGUGAGAUCUCUUGUGAUAGCUAACAAACUUGACCGAGUACACUCGUAUCUUGUGGCUUUGUUGUAGACUGUAUGUACACUUGUAAUAUUAACUAUACUGAGAUUCGUAAGAUUAGCAAUAUUAAUUGAGAGGACAUUAGACUAUUUCUAGGUGUAUAUGAUAAUGUAGUGAUGGUGGAGAAUCCGUGUUGGAUUGAGUACCUUUUUGAGCUUUUAUAAAUGUAACAUUUAAGUUUGAUGCAUUGAUGUUAAUAUAUAGGAAUUAAAAUCAUUGUUGUGUCAUAGAAUUUGUUAGGAACAGCAUUAUCUGCUGCGAUUUAAUUUCUCAACUCAAGAUAAUGGAAAUUUGAAUGAGAAAGCCCUUCAGUCCUAUUUAUUUUUGUUUACCGGUAAGAAGUAAAGCCAAAAAAAAAUUUACUAUAUAGUAUCAUUUACCAAUCUAGCCUGCUUUGUGUCUGCAGUGGUUUUUGCAUUGUUUCACAUUUUUUAUGGUGAAUUGAUCAAGAGAUUUUUUCCACAACUUUCUACAAAUGAUGACUAAGUGAAAUAAAUGUUUGAAUGUUUUUUGAACCAUUAUAGAAGCUGUAAAACAUGACAGUAUGCAUUGUAUGUCUUCAAAUCUUAUAAUGCAGGACAUUUUCAUUCUUUAAGGGUACAAGAUUUUUUUCUUUCUAAAUUUCAGUUAUUUGCAUGUUGGGUUCGGGUGGAAUGAAUAAUAUACUAGCAGAAACAAGGGAAAGAAUUUUACUCAUAAUCAAUUCUGCUCUCUUUUGUUGUUUGAAAUUAAAUUUUAUUACAUGGAAAUUGUUAACUGAUAAAUGUGUAGCAAGUUUUGUCACUGAUUUUUUUUUUUUUAGAAUUUUGUAGUUUAUAAUAAUUAUUUUUUUUAUGGUGCUAAGCAUUCCUCUUCUCUGCAAAUCCAUGCCAUAAUCUUUUUGUUCCUUGAAAUUUAGGGGAAAAAUAUGUUUAUUAAUUAUCUGACAGGUAGCAUAGUUUCUUAUAAAGCUUAAUGAAUAUAGAUGUACCUUUUCAAUAAGCUUUCUUUAAAACUUGAACAAAGAAGGUGUGUACAACACCGGUAAUUCACUUGUUUCUCUAAUUUGCCACUUGUUAUAACCCCCUGUGUUUGUGUUUCACAAUUGUUUUUGUCUUCUGAAUCAAAU